AUGCCGGUCUUUGAUGAAGAUGAUGAUAGGUCCCAGGACGACUUCGAUAAUGAUAAUGAUAACGAUAAUGACGAGACCAUGCAGGAUCUCGACGAAGCCGAUCCUGAUAACGAUGGUGACGGAGAAGGUGAUCAAGAAGGCGACGGUGACGUAGAUGGCGAUGCGGAUGAUGGCGAAGGAGAAGAUGAGGGUGAGGGGGAUGGAGAGGGAGAGGGAGAGGGGGAUGGUGACGGCGACGACGACGAUGAAGCAGGGAGUCAAUCUGGGGGUAGUCAAAAAUCAGACAAUGAAGACGCCCCAGGUGAACCGUCUGCCACACAAGAAGGCCAACAGUCUUUCGGCAUGCAGGCUGAUGAAGCUCGGGAAGCUGCUGCCCGGGCCAAAAUAUCACCAGAAUACCUCGACGCAACUACCUAUGAUAUCGUGCCGACAAUAGCUGCCCCACAGAGCACUUCGAUCAACGCCGUUUGCGCUACAGGCGAUAUGCGGUGGGUGUUCAGCGGUGGCUCUGAUGGAUAUAUUCGAAAAUACAAUUGGGUCGACUCGGUCAACUUCAAAUUAGCCCUUACAGUGGCCCAGCGGCAUCCUUUCGUCGAUAGCGUUGUCAAAGCAGGAGUACUUAUGUCAUACUGGGAAAACUGGGAUGCCAGGCCUCAAACUACUCAGGUUCUGUCUCCGGUGUACUCCUUAGCUUGCCACAGUCAGGGUCUCUGGCUACUUUCAGGGACAGCUUCAGGUCCCAUCCGAUUACAGUCCGUCAGACACGAUGAAGGCAGAGAGGUCGUGCUCCUCAAAAAUCACACAUCUGCCGUCUCUGUCCUAACGCUAUCCUCUGACGAGAGAAGUUUACUUUCUGGAAGUUGGGAUAAGACCGUACUUGACUGGGACUUGGAGACUGGGCAAGUUCGGACGACCUUUGCUGCGAGUGCUAGUCAAAUUUCAGCAAUUGAACCACGCCCUAUGUCUUCGGUGGCGGUUCCUGCUGAAUCAGGCGAAAUCAUCGUCCCGAAUGGCACGCUUUCUUCCACAGACAUCAAGACCAAUGGUGUCAAGAGCGAACAGCUCCCGAGUCAAGAUAACCAAGAGCAACCAAGCGUUGCCACACCCGACUCGUUGUUCGGUGAUGGUGAUGAUGACCUCUUUGGAGACGGUGCGACGGCAGUAAUGGGAAACGGAGGUGAUUUGACCGACGCAUUUGUUGAUGCAGACGACGAGAUGAGUCGGGCGAUGGCAAGUGAACCACGACCAGAAGAAUUGGUCGACCAUGAAAUGCCAGAUGCCACGGAGCCACCUGCCGACCCAUUGCCAGCACCAGAGCCGACUUCGGAUCUCAAUGAAACGUCUGAAGCGAUGACCAACGGGGUUCCGAAUACUCACGAACAGCCUCUUGCGAAUGGCUUGCCGCACACGGACGACAUGGAGAAGCAAGCUGAUGAGCAAGCCUCUACACAAGAUCCCGAAGGUCCUCCAACCUCAGAUUCAACCUUUUUGGCAACCUCCAUUGACGGCGCCAUCCGUGUCUAUGAUCGCCGACAACCCAAACCAGUGGCACGAAUCCUUCCUAGGAAUACACCACCUUGGUGUCUCAGUGCUUGUUGGUCUGUUGAUGGUAAUUGCAUUUACGCGGGUCGACGUAACAACACGGUGGAAGAGUAUGAUCUGCGUAAAGGGCUGAAAGCACCAGAGCGAGUAUUUCGAUUUCCCAACGGCAGUGGAGCCGUCACAUCAGUUAAGGCUAUGCCGAAUGGACGUCAUCUUAUGUGUGCUUCACACGAUAUCCUUCGGUUGUACGACCUGAAAGAAUCUCAGGGUCAGCGAUCAGCUGUCCCGUUCCUGAUUGUCCCGGGGCAUCGAACUGGCACAAUAUCACAUCUUUAUCUUGAUCCGGCAUGUCGCUUCAUGCUCUCAGCGGGCGGUAAUCGAGGUUGGGAAGGUGCAACGACUGAAGUUCUGCUUGGAUAUGAGAUUGCGGUGCCUAAAUCAUGAGGAACAGUCAGGCUCGACAUAAUUCACUUCUAGAGAACAGCUUGCAAGACACAUGUAAGUCUCCCGAGGCAGUCGAUCCUUGUAGUCUGAAAGCGUGAUUGGCCGAUGACAUUCGACUGCAAGACAAAGCGCCGCCUUAUCUAUUGAGUGAAG